UGAGAUUCUGUCUGGCUCAGGUAUUGUGUGCAUUACAUUUUGUGAUUUUCUUGUGUAUUGUGUAGCAGACCAUCGUUGAAUAUUGUUUUUUAUUUUGCUGAGAACAAAAUUGGCUUUUCAAGAAAAAAAACGAUGAAAAAAACACCAACUGAUAUUGACGUGGAUAUUGAAUUAUUUCAAAAUGAUUUAAAAGAUAUUGAUCCGGAAUUUAUUCCAAGCAUCGUUUCUAUUUUUAAAAUAACCAAUACAAACAAAAAAUUUAGUUAUCUAUUUAUGACCAACGAUAACACUUAUGGUUAUGGUGAUGAAUUAUGCAAAUGGCUAUCGUUACAACAUGAUCCCAAACGACCACAACAGAUUGACAUUUUGAAUGAUAAGAAAAUUAUUCAAGUCGAUUCAGGUGACGAUUUUGUUGUCGUCUUAACAGAUGAUAGACUAGUGUAUCUAGCCAGUGAUAAAAAUUCACCUUGGCAAACGAAUAAUAAUUUACGAUUAAUAUCUGACGGUAAUGAUCGUUUUGAAAUGAUAGCAUGUGGUUGUCUUCAUUUUUUGUUGUUACGACAAGAUGGUACUGUUUUCGCUUUGGGUGAUAAUUGUUAUGGUGUAUUGACUGGUAAUUCAGAUUCGCAUGUUACUCUUGUGAACACUGGUUUGAAUAAUGUCAAAAUAAUAGCUUGUGGUGGAUUUCAUAAUCUUGCUCUCACCAAUACGAAUGAAAUUUAUUCCUGGGGUUGGAAUGAAAAUGGACAGUUAGGUCUAGGCGAUAUAAAUGACCGAACAACACCUUCACUUGUUUCAUUUCCUGAUGGUUCGAUUGAUAGUAAAAUCAAAAAUAUUAUGGCCGGUUCAUUUCAUUCUUUAUUUUUAUUGGAGGAUGGUCAGAUUUUUGGAUGUGGUUAUGGUCAACCACCAAUUAAUGAUAAUGAGCAAGAUGCAAAAGUGCCGACAAAAAUACCGAUUGAAAAUUGUCAAAGUAUGGCUUGUACAAAUUAUCUCCAUAUUUCAUUUGCUUUAGAUCAAUCAUCACAUUAUUAUGAAUGGGGUAAAUUAAAUAGUAAAAAAUUAGUUCCACUCGAAAAAUUGAAUGGUCGACCGAAAUCAUUUGCUGCAGCAUCAGCAAUAUCACGCGACUCCAUAAUUACUUUUGGCCAAACAUCAACCAUCUAUUCAUACGAAUCGAAUGAUCCAAUUUCAAAUAUUGGAUUAUUGGAUAAUCCGAAUAAUUAUGAUGUCGAGUUUAUUAUCGGCGACAAACGUUUAUUGGCUUGUAAAUGUUAUCUGAAAAUGUCAUCAGAAUAUUAUAGUCUUAUGUUUUCAGGUGAAUGGCAAGAAAAUGAUCAAGUGAUUAUUAAAGAUUAUAGUUAUGAUAUCUAUUAUUCAUAUCUACGUAUGUUACAUACUGGCCGGAUUCGAAUCAAUCAAUCCAAUAUAGCCGAACUUAUUGAUUUGGCCAAUUGUUAUGGUGAUGAACGAUUAAUGAAACAUUGUAAAACAUUCAUACGAACGGAUCUAAAUGAACGAACUUUAUUCAUUUAUUUUCCUUUGAUUGAUAAAUAUGAACUUAAUGAAAUGAAUGAUAAACUUGUCCAGCUAACCAUCGAAGAGGUUUUACCGAAAAUUACUAACAAUCUUUUGGAAAACAAUGAAAAUAUUAACGAAUUUCUUAAAUUUUUUUUGUUAAGCGAUAAUCAUUUUUUGAAAAAGAUUUGUCAAUAAUAUUUUGAUAAUUAAUAAAAAAAUUUUGUCCCAU